UAGAUGAAUGUGUAUAAUGUAUGUGUGUGUGUGUGGUAAGUAAGAGUACAUGAAUGUUUGUUCAUUGUUAUUAGAUCAAUGGAUAUCUCCUGUUGUUACUGGAGAUAGACCACCUCCUACUGAACAAUUCACUCUAACACCAGUUACUAAUAACACUGCAGUAAUGUUCGGGGGCUAUACUGAUAAUGGAUGCAGUAAUAAACUGUAUAUGAUAAGUUUCACUAAGACAUCAGUGGAUAUAUUAGAAGUACAUAAUCCUGGAGAAUCAGUACAAUGGCCUAAGGAAAGAUAUGGUCAUUCCAGUGUACUGAUUACCACUAGUUCAGGACCACACUUACUAGUGGUGGGUGGAUCAACUGUUUAUGAUGCAUGGUUACUGGACAUUAACAAAAGAAAAUGGAAAGAACUGAUUUAUCUACCGGUCAAUGUCACUUACAGAUACUAUCAUUCUCUCUUAGUGUGGAGUGUGACCCCAACUACUAACUGGAUAAUUGAGUUUGGAGGAUCUGACUACACAACAUACAGUGAUACAGCAGUUCUUGAACUCAGAUAUACUAGUGAUAAUGAUUGGUCUACUAGUGUAAUACCUCUGGAUCAGUAUCAAGAUCAACUAAGAAGAAGGAUACUGAGUGAUUGGGAGAAUUUAAGAACAGAAAAACAGCUUCAAAUAUUUCAAGAUUGUCUGCAAUUACAAAGAGAGAGGGUAUUUUAUCAGGAACAGCUUCAAAAAGAAAUAAAAGAGAAGGAGCAGAUACAGCAAGAUCGAGACAAAGAGCAGCAACAGCUUCUUCAAAAAAAGGCAAUACUUACUCAGCAACUUGAUGAUGCUACCACUCUCCUUGAGCAAGCAGAAAAGGAUAAAUCAUGUGUUAAAUUAGAAGAUUAUGAAAAGCUUAAAGUUAAAGUUGCUGAAAUUUUGGAAGAGAAGACACUAGUAGAGGGGAAGAAACAGAUUAUUACUGAAGAUUAUGAGAAACUAAAACUCAAAGUUGCUGAACUUUUGGAAGAGAAGGAGGAGCAAUGUCUCAAGGAGAAACAGAUCAUUAUUGACAAUGUUCAAAAUCUCAAAACUGAAAUUUCUGAGAAAGACAAAGUUAUAGCCAAACUGACAUCGCAAGUAGAGGAACAAUCUCAGAAUGAGGAACAGAUCAUUACUGGUUAG